AUGCUAAACCUAAAUUCACGACUAACUAGAGUAGCAAUUUCCAUCGCUAAAAGCCUUUCCACAAGGGAUUAUACAUCCAUAUGUAGAGCAGGAUGCACUCGAAGCACCCGGAAUUAUUCUCUCCAACCUUCGUUUCAACAAAAUUUAUUGGCUAAUUUAUACAAGGGAGCCAUGUUUGAAAAGCAUAAUUUCCUGUCGACAACGGCGUCUAACAACACUGCUGAGGGUGGGAGUCAAGAAAAGGAAACGAUAUCUGUGACUUUUGUUGAUAAGGAUGGUGAGGAACAUCUUAUAAAAGUUCCUAUUGGAAUGUCUAUGUUAGAAGCUGCUCAUGAAAAUGACAUUGAACUUGAAGGAGCAUGUGAGGGCUCACUUGCGUGUUCAACAUGCCACGUUAUAGUCAUGGAUGUAGAAUAUUACAAUAAAUUAGAAGAUCCUACCGACGAGGAAAAUGACAUGUUGGAUCUAGCUUUUGGGCUAUGUGAAACAUCACGUCUUGGUUGCCAAGUGAUCGCUAAACCUGAACUUGAUGGAGUCCGUUUAGCUCUUCCUGCUGCCACUCGGAAUUUCGCAGUUGAUGGUUAUGUGCCGAAACCACACUAG